CUGCCGUAUCUAUACAAAAUAUCCCACACAUUGACUGACCUGCAAAUAUAAAAGACACACAUUCACACCUUCCUUGACUCUCAGCACAGAUCUUCCAUUGUUCCAUCGUCACUGUGUAUGUGACGGAGUGGCAUUGCUUGCCUACAGCACAGUGCUGUGCAUAAAAGCAGACCGACCCAGGCCGGAGAAUCAUUUCUUGUUCGCAUUUCUGAGAACGCACAUCAGGAUGGCCUCCGUAUCACUGCCACGCAGGAAGAACCUCUCCACGCAACAGGCUUUGGCCUUACUUCGGGAAAUGGACGAAGCAGAUUCUGAUGGAGGAGAGGUUUCAUUUGUCCAGCAGGCCACUGAUACCUCUUCAGAAGAAUCUGAAAAUGAGACGGAACAAGAACCCAACAUGCCUCCACGGAAGAGGCCCCGUGGUACUGGGAAGCCCAGCCAGAACCACACGGCAAAAGACGGCACUGUGUGGGUUGAGGAGGACAUUGGAAUGCCCAGUGCAGAAGCAAAUCGUUCGUGCUUCACUGCGCAAGCUGGACCCACAGAGUCUGCUAAGCGUAAAGUUACAAGUGUGCUCCAAAGCUUCCUUUGCCUGUUAGACGUGGGAAUGCUGCAGACCAUCAGAGAGUGCACGGUACAUCAAGCCCGCAGAACAGAGCCGGACUGGAAUUUGGCAGUUCAUGAACUUAUGGCAUCCAUUUCAAUCCUGUUUGUAAGAGCAAUCAUGUGUCCUGUUGGUGCCAUUGUGGAUUGCUGGUCAGAAAGUUUUCUGGUGCCACUAAUCAAAGAGACAAUGCCCCGAGAGAUUAAUUUCAAUUAUCCCUGCUUGCCGCUCUACACCCAAGAGAUCACUGUUACUACAGACAGUGUUACAUCUAUGUCAGUUUUUGAGAGCAGGGUGUUGCUGCAUCAGAAGGCGAUAUGGCAGGUGAUGGUUGCUCAUGUGGCAGAUGUGGCCAAACCAUUGCAGUCGUCCCUUCUGGAUCAGCUCUUCCUGGCUUCCUGGUGA